AUGGCGUACUUUUUACCCUCGUUCUUUCAAAAGCGACUGCUCAAAUACGCCUUGUCCCGCCUGGGGCUCGUUGAUACCGAGGCCUUGGACCUUGAUAAUCUGGGGAUUCGAUGGGGCCAGCGAAGUACCGUGGAGCUGCGAGAUAUAGGCUUGAAGUUGGAGAAACUAGCGACUCUGCUCAACCUUCCUUCGACAUGCGAACUCCUCAGUGCUCGGAUACAGUUUCUCAGGAUAACCGUCCCAGCGGAUAUUUACAGCAGUGGGAUAAUAUGCGAGGUCAACGGCAUUAAUGUGCAUCUACGCUGCUUGCCGGAUGAACCAUUAGCAGGGAAGCAUGGAAAAUCAAGAACCCAGUCAUCGUGUGGCCUAGAGUCACAUGGAUCUGGUGAUAAUCAGAGUCUACCGACACCGUCGCAUCUUGCCGAGUCAUUCCUGGAAGCCGAGCCCAAGGAAGAAAAGGAAGAGCUACAAGCUGCUCUUUCAUCACAAUCUCAUGUCUUCCAGCGAAGCUCCUCCUUCAACGAGGAAGAGGAUGAGGAGCUCGGACUCGGGAGCGAUACACUUUCAUUACCGAGCUUUGUUGCGGGCUUCUUGAAAGGCGUGGCAGAUCGGCUGCAGCUGAAAAUCAAAGAUGUCUCGGUACGUCUGGAUAUGGAACUGAAGCAGGAUGCGCCUUCUAAGAGACAGCCCGAGGACAAGCCGGACCUUGUCGCGGGUCUCCUGAGCGUUGGAGAGAUUGACGUCCAUGGAGUUUCCGGCUUCACCGCAAGCCCAGAUGACCCCGUACCCCUUCGGGAAGGGAAGCGGCUGAUAUCAUUUGCCAAUAUUAGCCUUGGUCUUGUAUCGGAUCCGGUGGUGUUUGCAAACUAUUCGCGAUUCACCUCACCUGCAUCUCCGGCAACCACAAUGCAGUCGAAGGAGAGCCAGACAUCAAGCAGAGCACCCUCGCCCCCUCUGUUAGAUUCUCCCGGCUCAGAGUCAGCGCUUGCCAUGACACGAUCCACAAUAUUCGAACCACCACCCGCAUUCAGUCAGGCCAGCAUUAAUGAAAAUGAAAUGGAGGCUUCAGCAGUAUUCUCUCACGACGGACGUUUCUCAGACGCAGAUUCCGAGGGAGAUCAUCGGUUUGACCACUACGCCGAUGACUCCCAGGUUUUUGGAAACCAUGAUCCAUUUCAAGAUAAUCCCGGGUAUUUGGAUUCGGUAAUUGACGCUCAGUUUGACGACUUUGAUGUGGAGUCACCCGAAACGAGACAUUCCGAUCGCCAAGUAGACAACUCUCCUGGUAGCUCUCUUCUUCACAGCCAUUCCUUCAAUGCCGGCGAAGGGACGAUUGAGCAUGAGAAUGGGCAUGUCGAACCUGAACAGCCCUACAUGCACCCGGAAAACCCACAAGGAUCCCAGGUAUCCAGCUCACCACAGGCGAGCCAACAUGAAUCUUUGGGAGAUGACAUGGCUCGGUCAGCGCAGUGGUCUCCUCACCUGGAGGAAGGAGCCGACAAGGAAGCAGAUACAUCACAGCAUGUCUCUCAAGUAUUUGCAUCAUCCUCUGAAUCUGGAGAUGUAGUAUCAGAGUCAGCAACUCCCAGUGCAGAACUUCUCGAAUCCAAGUACUUCUCUCAUGAUGAAGCACAAAGUUUAUAUAUGAGUGCUAUGAGCCAAGGUCCGACACAGAGUUUCAUGCCUAAUAUGCCAGGCGCGUGGGACUCCUUUGAUACUGGAGAGCAGUCUAAGCUCAAUUCUAUGCAGCAUUCGGACUCCAAGCAAAAUGAUAGCGUUGAUGCUAGCCAAGACGUACAGGAUGAGACCAUGGCAUCCACACCCAGAUUGAAUGUUCUGUCGGAUUCUUACUUUGGUGAACAGCGGUCCGUUGACGACCAGACACGAUCACAAUCCAGACUGCCUGACAGAGAUUCCAUUACAUCUUCGCCUGUCUUACAUAGGAUUAGCGAGAUGAAAAAGCCCAUUCUUGGCAUUGACAAGCUGUGUGUCUGGUUGCCAGCUGCUGCAGGCGAAGAAGAAGCAAGUGAUCACACACCAACCCGGGCGUCUUUCGAAAGCGCAGACAGCGAUUCGAGAGACCUUGCUUAUGGCGUGGAAGAGAGCAUGUUUGCUUCUAAAACUUAUGCUUCGACUAGGUUUCAAAGGGCCUCUUUCGAAUCUCACCCAUCUACUGAGAAAGACCGCUCGGAACAAGCGCACACAAACGCCGAUGAGCAACUUCAUAAGCUGGAAGUUGAAGUAUUUUCAAUCACCACUCAAUUUGACAUAGCCACUGGUUGGCUUUUGAUCAAAGCGGGCCAGAGGAUAUCGCAAGCAGUUGAUGCAGCAGAGAAAGCCCAGCCUCCAGAAUCGCCUAAAUCUGAUCAACCCUCCCCGCAGGUGCCCUUAAAUUUGACAAUUCAUAAUAUUUCCGUCAAGUUUGUUGAGCAUGUACCAGGGCAGCCUUUUUCACAAGAUAAUGAUCUCUCUGCUCUGCCGCUGCCAUAUACCAAUAUGGAGGAGCUUGUUCUUCAAACCACCGCAUCUGGGUUGAGAGCAAGUCUGUCAGCGGAUAAUAAGCGAACUAAUUUCCAUCUGGGUAUCUCCAAAUUUAGCUUUGGCUUUGCCUCUGAUGAUCUGAUAUCAUUCAACGAGUCUUUAAGAAUGCGUGAAUCUACCAGAGAUCUCGCAACACCCUCUCAAGGCGACAUCUCCAUCUCCGUGAUGAAAACGGCAGAUUCAGUCAAAAUUGACGUAUCUACACUUCCCGUAUACCUCAAUCUCAAUGUCCAACGCCUAGAAGAAGUUCUAGGCUGGAUGGGUGGAUUGAGCACCAUCCUUGAAUUAGGAAGCUCUAUAUCGUCAGCAUCCACGAUGAAAGGGACCCACAAGCCUCCGAAGAAACGCCCACGCGGUGUUCACUUUGAGACGCCAAGCCAUGUGCCUGACAAAGAACAGCAAUCAUCUGCCCCAAUGAAGAUCAAUGCGCGACUCGGGGGAGUUGUAGUAAAUAUCACUGGUGAGACGCAUUAUUUAAAUCUCAGCACAACUGCGGUCAAGAUUGUCAGCAGAUUUGAAGGAAUCGGCGCCCAAAUUGACAAAGCGCAAUUGACUGGGCCACUUCCGCUCGAUGACCUCUCUGAUGCGCCAGCCAAGGUGACCCUAAACAAUAUUCGGGUCGAGUUCCUUUUUGCACCUAAGGAAGUUGACCUCGACCGCCUUCUGACUCUCAUCACUCCAUCUCAAGAUAAGUAUGAUGAUGAGGAUGAUAUCAUGUUGGAUACGCUUCUGCGGCAAAGACGACAAGGGUCUGUCCUUCGUACAACGAUAGGUGGGAUGAAGACGAAUAUUUCUAGCAUUGAUGGGUUGGCCCCUCUGUCAUCUCUCGGGUCAGAGCUUGGUCGGCUAUCCACAGUCACAAGAUAUCUACCUGAGGAUGAUCGGCCGGGGCUUCUGACCCUGUCUCUGGUUCGCGAAUUUGACUGUCAAGUUCAUGUGGGCGGAGAUGUUGGGUACAUUGAUGCUCACCUUGCCAACAUUGAAGCUGCCUGGAUCAGCAUGCCGUCUCUGACCGCUGUACAGGUUGGUGCAAUGAGACUCAUUAGGAACGGUGACGAAGAGCUUGUGGGCGACGCAUUACUGCCCAGCAAGAAUCAGACCUCGAUUCAGCCACAGCUUCCUGUUCUCAUGGCUCGAUUUAUCCCCGAUGAAAUGGACCCUACCUUCAAAAUCAAGUUACAUCACCUGCGUGUCGAGUAUACGGUCCCCUCAAUCAUGGCAUUCCUCGGGCUUGGUCGCGACAGCACAGGUGGAGACUUGGCCAGCGAGAUGGCGAACUCAAUCGCCAAUUUUGCUGAGCAGUCCACUCGAUCACCAAAGAUUCAGAGUCUUUCUCCGCCACGAUCAAGCACAUCUAAAGCAUCGAUCAAGGCAACGAAACUCGCAGUUGAGUUCAGAGACUGUGUGUUAGGGCUGAAUCCACGCAAUUCUCCGGCCAAAGGACUAGUCGUCCUUUCGAACUCGAAAUUCAGUGGCACAAUGCACAGCCAAGAAUCGAGCGAAGCCUUGCUCGAGAUCAGGAAAGCGUCUCUUAUGAUUAUUGACGAUGUGUCGAAUGCGGGCCAGACGGACAAUCUUCACCAACGUCGAUCGGCAGUCAUCCAGAGCAAUCAGGUCCAGGCAUACAUCGACGAGGGCUAUGUUCCUGUGACGACUGUUUCCUCCGCAAAAGCUGUUGUGAAAGUGAUGCAGCUUGCCGCUGACGGAACAAAGUCGCUGGAUGUUGAACUGCGGGACGAUCUUCUGAUACUUGACACAUGUGCUGAUUCCACGCAAACUCUCAUCGCCAUUCUAAACGGGCUUCAGCCGCCUACUCCACCGAUCGUCGCUGCCAAGUAUAGAACCGAGGUCAUGCCGCUCCAGGAUAUGCUCGCCUCAUUCACAGGGGAUGCGUUUUCAGCGGACGAUAGCUUGCCAACUGAGAUGCAUAACGAGACGGAAAUUGCCGUCGAUGAAACUGACUUGGAGGGCCAACUAAGCGAUGAACUUGAAUACGUCAGUGAUUUCUGUCCUGGCAAACAGAAGGGAACUGAAAGCCUUGAGGCGUUUGAUGCAAAUGACCUCCUGGACAGUUUCCAUUCUCAGUAUCAAAUCUCAUCCAGCAUAACGGAAUUAGAUUUCCAAGAGGACCACUUUGCCAAGCAGUCUGCUGUUGGUGGCACAGCUCAUCGUUGGGACUCAACCCACAACACAUAUGGUCUCUCAAAUGACCAGAAGCUGCAGCGUAGCCCUCUUCGUGUGAGAGUACGAGAUAUGCAUGUCAUCUGGAAUCUGUUUGACGGCUAUGACUGGCAACGGACGCGAGACACCAUCUCCAAAGCAGUAAAGGAAGUAGAAACCAAGGCCACCGAGCGACGAGCACGAGCUUCUCGGAUGUCACCAGAUGCCGAGGACGAAGAGGAAUCGGUCAUUGGUGACUUCCUUUUCAACUCCAUCUAUAUUGGUAUCCCUGCCAAUAAAGACCCGCGAGAACUUCACCGUGAGAUCAAUCGUGACAUCAACGAUCUUGCCAGUGAGACCGGAAGCUAUGCAACAACCACAACGAUUACUGGAGCCACUCGGCCCACGUCAGAGAGAGAGAAGAAAUUACGACUGAAUCGGAGCAAACAGCACAAGAUGACGUUCGAGCUAAAGGGUGUUUGUGCUGAUUUGGUGGUAUUCCCACCGGGCUCCGAUGAGACACAAAGCUCUUUAGAUGUGCGGGUACGAGAUCUGGAGAUUUUUGAUCAUGUGCCGACCUCUACGUGGAAGAAAUUCGCGACUUACAUGCAUGAGGCGGGAGAGAGGGAAAGCGGGACCAGUAUGGUUCAUUUGGAAAUACUCACUGUGAAGCCCGUCCCAGAACUUGCCGCGUCUGAGAUCGUUCUUAAGGCUACAAUUCUGCCGAUUCGUUUGCAUGUUGACCAGGAUGCUUUGGAGUUCAUGAGUCGAUUCUUCGAGUUCAGAGACGAAUCUGUUGAGCCUUCUACCACUCCAGGAGACAUACCAUUUUUACAACGAGCGGAGGUCAAUGCCGUUCAAGUCAAGCUGGAUUUCAAGCCAAAGAGAGUUGACUACGCUGGACUCAGAUCCGGUCGCACGACUGAAUUCAUGAACUUCUUUGUACUCGAUGGAGCCGACAUGGUGCUACGACAUGUUAUUAUCUACGGUGUGUCUGGCUUUGACCGCCUGGGUAUCACCCUGAACGACAUUUGGAUGCCGGAUGUCAAGCGCAACCAGCUACCCGGCGUCCUUGCAGGUCUCGCUCCCAUUCGCUCUUUGGUCAAUGUGGGCGGAGGUGUAAAGGACCUCGUCGUCGUUCCGAUGCGCGAAUAUCGAAAGGACGGGCGCAUUGUCCGCAGUAUUCAGAAAGGAGCAUUGGCGUUCGCGAAAACCACGUCGAAUGAGCUAGUGAAACUGGGUGCCAAGCUUGCCAUCGGCACCCAGACCGUCCUGCAAGGCGCAGAAGAUCUCUUAACAUCCCCUACUGCCCCCUCAGCCGAGGAAGAAAGAGAAGACGAAGAGGAGGCAAAGAAGAUCUCCCUUUACGCCGACCAACCAAUCGGCGUAGUCCAGGGUCUACGAGGCGCUUUCCGUGGCCUUGAACGCGAUCUUCUCCUGGCCCGUGACGCCAUCGUCGCCGUACCUGGGGAAGUAGUAGAGAGUGGCAGCGCCAAAGCAGCCGCCAGAGCCGUCUGGAAACGUGCACCGACCGUGAUCCUUCGGCCUGCAAUCGGUGUCUCCAAAGCAGUGGGGCAGACACUUCUUGGCGCGGGCAAUUCUUUGGAUCCAAGCAACAGACGCAAAAUGGAAGAUAAAUAUAAACGUCACUGA